CUGUUAUUUUCAGUCAGCUGUUGCCAAACGCGCAGUAGUUCUUGUUUUCCUUUCGCUUCGAAUUUCACAACAAUACCCAACAAGCUGUAUUGAUUUAUUUAAAGUACAAUUAGCAACUAAAUAUGUCGUUGGUCCGCAACUCAUCCCGACUGCUGCGCUCGCAGCUGAAGCGUGUGCAGAGCGUGCCGGUGGCCCUAUACCAUGAGAAUGUCGUUGAACACUACGAAAACCCGCGCAACGUGGGAUCGCUAGACAAGAAGGAUGCCACAGUGGGCACUGGACUGGUUGGAGCUCCCGCCUGCGGCGAUGUGAUGAAACUGCAGAUUAAAGUGGACGAGAAUGGCAAGAUCGUAGACGCCAAGUUUAAGACCUUUGGUUGCGGCUCGGCUAUCGCCAGCAGUUCUCUGGCCACCGAGUGGGUCAAAGGAAAGUCCAUCGAUGAGGCGGGCAAGCUAAAGAACACGGACAUUGCCAAGGAGCUGCGUCUGCCGCCCGUGAAGCUGCACUGCUCGAUGCUGGCCGAGGACGCCAUCAAGGCCGCUUUGGCAGAUUACAAGGUCAAGCAGCAGCAGAAGAAGGCUAACUAAGCGAUGUGUUUGUGUGUGAAAUCGGAACCUGUGAAUGUGGUGGAGCGACUAAUAAAAAACUAUAAUCUACACAAUACAA